UGGCUCACAGCCCGACUAAGCCGACAAGCCGACAAGCUAGGGUCUAGCUUGCGCUCAGCAGGCAAUGGCGCAGCGAAACCGGACGCCCAAGCUGGUGAUCGUUGUGGUGGCACUGGCGCUGACGCGCUGGACGGCAUCAUUUGUACCGCCGAGUUUGCCAUCCAGCGCGGCUUUGGCGCUCGGUGCUGCGCAGGCGCUGGCGAUUGCCGCGCCAGCCAGUGCUGCCGUAAACCCGGAGGCAUACUUUGCCGCAGCCGGCGUGAACCCAAAAGAUGUCGAGAACCAGAUCAUCGACCAGAUGGAUCCCACCGACGCCGCCCUUUUGGGAGCCAGUGACUUCUGGUGGGGCACUGCGGUGCCAUUCUCUGCCGGCUUGGGACUGGUGUACGGAAUCGGUAUUCUGACCGGCCAGCUCGACGGACCCUUUCAAGAGAAGGAGGAUGGCAAGGAUUCCUCCUGAGCAGGUUUCAAGUUUAUGACGGAGCCAUUACAAAGAUGAUGCC